UCUUGUUUGUUUAUAAAAAAUCUUUGCUGCAAUGGCUUCUGUGGAGUCGCAACCACGGUUUGGUCAAUCUGUCAAAGGAUUGUUGUCUGAUAAAGUGGGCUCCUGCAGCGGGGAUGUGAUCGCCCUGACUCGCCAGGUGCUAAAGGGAUCACGGAGUCAAGAGCUUCUGGGACAGGCUGCCAGAAACAUGGUCAUUCAGGAGGACGCCAUUCUGCACUCAGAGGAUAGUUUGAGAAAAAUGUCCAUCAUCACCACCCAUUUGCAAUAUCAACAAGAGGCCAUCCAGAAGAAUGUGGAACACUCCAAGAACCUUCAGGAUCAACUGAGGCAUUUACUGAAAUGAAGUGUCUGCACUGAGACACUUAUAUGAAAGACUAUGAGCUGCUCCUGUCUGUGUUACCAUGUUGCUUCUUCUGAGAAAAUAUGUGCAGACAAUGAUCUCAAACUGUGUUUUUAAUACACAAUGAAAUUAAACACAGACUACCCCUUGCUAAUCAGAACUCUCAGGUAUGUUGUGGUGGGCUGUCAUUACAAUUGCGUCACAGGAACCUAAACAGCUGAGCUAACAAUGUAACAAAUGUAUAGUUUUGUAUAAAAUAAUCCAACAGGCUCCACAUUACAAGAAUCGCAGUACCCCCUGGUGCACUGUUCAUUUAUUUAGCCAUUUAAUCUGUUUUUGAAGAAAAAUCUAAUUUUUCCACUGCUUUCAUGUGUUUGAAACGAGAGCUUGAAUAAAGUGUCCCACUCCACAGCUUUCCAUUGGAGCACUGCGAUUGGUUGGCCAAAACUCUGGGGCGGUGCUUGGCGAAGGGUAAAUUCUAUCAGAAUGUUCUCUAACAUUGCACCUUCCUGAUGUAGCCCCUGGCCUUUUGGACUGGAGGCUCACCAGGUACAUGCUGUUCUUAUGAAUAUGCAUACCAGCAUAUGGUGCUCUUGUCCUGCAUAUUAGUGACUCUUAUUUAUUAUAGCCCUACUCCAGUCUCCAUUUUAGCUCAUUUAUCACAUGAUUUACUUAACAAAAGGCACAUCUCAAUUGUUGGCUCUUUAUUCUUGCAAGCAAGGGGGAGGCCAAUGACAUCAGAAGGCACCAUCAGACCAAUGACCUACUCCAUUGGAGAUUCUUGUUUGGGCAAAAUACUAUCCUCCCCUCUGUGACCCGGAAACCAAUAAGUGGUUGAGGAGUGUGUCAUUUCAUUAGUAGGCAAACAGAAUAGUGUCCUCCCCCGCCUACCUUUCAUUGAGGAUACUUGUAUCCUACAACAGAAUAGUGUCCUCCCCCGGAAUAAUGUAAUUUCAAUAUGAAUUGUUUUUUUUACACUGGAUCUAGAACAUACUUAAUAUUGAUUGACGUUAGCCUAUUUAUUGUGAAAAUAUUAAAGUCGAUAUUUUACCUAUA